AGAUAGUUUAAAGACCGGCGGUUGGAGAGUUCUUUCAGCAGAAGAGUGGGAGUAUCAGAACUGAAAGUUAUAAGAAUUGUGGCACACAGACCUUUGAUCAGUCUUGUUUAAACUCUUUCUCAAGAAUUACUGCUGUAUUUUAUAAAGGGAUCAGAAUUUAUAAAUCAAAAACAAACAUGUCAAUCAAACUAAGAAGUGUUUUUAUCAGUGAUCCAGUCGAUAGUUCAUGUGCCGAUUUAUUAACCAGCCAUGGGGUUCCAGUUACAACGAAAUACAAACUUACAAAAGACGAAUUAAUAAAAGAACUGCAGAAUCAUGAUGGUUUAAUCGUUCGUUCAGAAACGAAAGUUACCCCAGAAAUACUUUCGGCAGUACCUAAUCUUCGUAUUAUUGGACGUGCCGGAACAGGAGUUGAUAAUAUUGAUCUCCAAACUGCUACACGUCAUGGAAUAGUUGUUCUUAAUACACCUGGAGGUAAUAGCAUUAGUGCUUGUGAAUUAACAUGCGCAUUUAUAUCAGCACUUGCAAGAAACGUUCCUCAAGCAGCUCAAUCAAUGAAAGAAGGCAGGUGGGACCGUAAACUAUACUCCGGAUUUGAAUUGUCAGACAAGACUCUCGCAGUUCUCGGUUUCGGACGUAUUGGCCGUGAUGUAGCCCUCAGAAUGCAAUCAUACGGAAUGAAGAUUAUCUGCUUCGAUCCAAUGCUUAGUGCUGAAGCUACAGCGAGCGUUGGUGCGACAAAAUUAAAUUUAGAGGAAAUUUGGCCAAUUGCUGAUUACAUCACCGUUCAUACUCCGCUUAUUCCUCAGACACGAAAUCUUAUCAAUGCCAAUACUUUAGCUAAAUGUAAGAAAGGCGUAAGAAUAAUAAACGUCGCACGCGGUGGAAUUGUCGACGAAGAAGCGCUUCUACAAUCUAUUAAAUCGGGUCAUUGCAGUGGUGCUGCACUCGACGUUUUUACUGAAGAGCCACCAAAAAAUCCUACAACUUUGGAACUUAUUAAGCAUCCGCACGUUAUUGCGACGCCUCAUUUAGGUGCAAGUACAGAAGAAGCUCAAAAACGUGUAGCAGUUGAAAUAGCCGAACAAUUUCUAGCUAUUUCUGGUAAAUCUGAUAAAUACACAGUUACCGGAAUAGUUAAUGCUCCUAUUUUAUCAGCGGCAACAUCUGACGAGAAUAGAUCGUGGAUAGAACUGUCGAAAAAGUUAGGCCGAUUAGGCGCACGUUUUCUCAAAAAAACCACUAAUCAGCGACUUUCCAGUGUUCCUGUUGAAAGUCAAACUGUUGGUAUGGGCAUGCUUGCUAAAAAGUUUGUGCAUACUGCGGUUCUUGUUGGACUACUUGAAGGUCAAACUAAAAAUGGACUAAACUUAGUAAAUGCUCCAAUGUUGGCGAAAGAUGUCGGUGUUGAGGUAAAAGAAAGUCACAUUGAUGGAGAAGUUGAUGCAGUAGUUGUAAAAGUUGGUCCACACCAAGUUAAAGGAACAGUUCGUAAUAAUGAUCACGUACUGCUGUCAAUUGACAAUAAUACUUUCGAAAAUGGUAUUAUUUUAAGAAAUUAUAUGUCAUUUUAUCGAUCGACUGGACCGGAAGGUCUUGUUAAUAUUGUUAACACAUUUUCAUCAAAAUCUGUUAUUAUAAACAGUAUUAAUGCGAACGGAAAUUGGCUUGCUAUUGAAACUAAUGAAGAUGUAACUAUUCCAGUAGAAAAUAUGGAAAAUUUAUAAUAUGUAUUUUCAAUACACAGCAAAAAACUUUUCCAACAAUUAAUAUACAACUGUGUGUUAAAACAAUAUUUUACGAAAUUUUUUAUGUUGUUCUAACAGUAUUCAUUUGUGUAAAAAAGCUAACACAAAAAAUGUUAAAAGUAACAUAAGAAAUGUUAGUAUUUUUUGUUACCGGUUCUAAAAUUUUUACACACUUAAAUGUUGUCUGCAACACGUUAAGUUGAUUUAACAUUUUUAUUGGUGUUAUUUUGAUACUUGUAAAAACUGAUGUAUAUACAAACUUAACAGAUAACUAGCCUAUCAAAAAAAUUAAUGUGGGAUUGCAUGGGAAUCUAUAGGAAUCCAUAUAGAAAAGUAUGGAUUUAUGUAAGAAUCCAUAGGAAUUAAUGUAGGAGUGUACGGAUUUAUAUAAGAAUCCAUGUAGAAAACCAUAGGUAUCUGGAUUCUUAUAGAAAAUCGUGGGAU